ACUUUGGCGGGUGCUGACACUGAGAUUGUAAAGCGACCCAAGCUGCAGUGGAGCAAAACAUCCGGUGACCUUGGAGGUGGUGGAUCUUGUCGCAGUCGCAGAGUCGAAGACGAAGGCGGUUUGCGAGUCACGAUUGAGGACGAUACUCCCCGUGUCGCCGAAGUAAAUGGGACGAGUGAAGAAGAAGAUAAGGACGAUGGACAGCACCACAGGGAUGAACUACAAGAAAAGCAGCAAGAUCAUGAAGAGGAAAUAGGUCCCUUCCUCUGGUGUAAAAGUCCGACAUCCCCUGCGAGGCUCGCACAGGGGGGUCAUCGGAAAAAAGAGCUUUCUGAUAAGCUGAAAAGCCUUUUCCGUUCGCGAUCCAGUGUAGAGGAUUAUCACUCAAUCGGCCGCACGCGCUCCAUUAUGUCCGAUGAAGAAGCAGGAGAAGAUGAUGACGAUGACAUCGAUGGAGACGGGAAUCGUAGACCCAGGAGGUCUUCAAAUCAUCUUGAUGAUCUAGGUGGUCAGCGUGGCACGUCAAGAAGUCCAGAAGCAUUGAAGCGAGCGGCUAAACUUGCGAAAGAGCAGAGAUUACAAUGGCUUUGUCGCCGAACGAAUAACGCGGUCGCCGAAAACGCCAUCAUAGAUGCUAGCGCUACAUCCCGACGUCGCCUAUCGACCGUUGGUGUCGAGGAUGCUCUUGUCGCCGCACCUUUACGGCCGCCAGCGCCCCCUCGGUUCCAGAGCAUUUCGACGCUGCUCAACGCCGAAGAACACGCCGGAAGAAAAUUGCAUGCUCCUCGUCCAGCUGGAAAGAAGGAAAAUCCAGCUACUUCUGGUGAGACCUCAGCCAAAGAAGCAUCAGUGGCAGAUUUGAAAAAUUUUGAAAGCUUGCAGAAAGACAUUGCUGAACUCGAAGCGCAGGCCACUGAA